AUGGGUUGGAAAAAGGCUUGGGCUUUUGCACUGGUGGUGUCCUUCGAACCAGGCCACUGCAUCGAGACUCCGCGUGGUGCUCGCUCGGCGCCACGGCUCGGGGGCCGAGAUGGUCCCCAGAAGCAGAUGGUAUCUCUGUGUACUGCGCGCAUCGAAGCGUCGACGGCGCGAAAUUAG